CAUAGCGGUGCAGAAGAAAGAUUCAUUAGGGAGAAAUUCCCCUCCGCUCCCUCCCAGCGCUCCCGCCAGCACCUUGGCGGUGGCGUGGAAAUCCCUCCGGGCGUUGCGAGCUGAGAGCAUCUUCCCUGUCCCCCUCCAUGCUCCGCCAACCUUUGCUCUUCGGCUUUGUUUGGCUUCACCCUUCCUCCGGUAGCUCUCUCUGCUCUGGCCACAGACUUCCUUUAAGCUCUGUUCUCCACACAGCUUCCAGUGCGGUCACACGGCUGUGCCGCCGAGGAUGCUCCGGAGGAGGGAGGUGCCCGCCCGAACCUGAGGCACCGCUCAGUCUGGCAAUUCAAGUCUCCGGGAAUACCAGAGAUACCUUUCCAGGAAUGCCAGAGAAGCCUGUCCAGAUGAGAGGAGGCAGGAGAUGGAGUUACAAACAUUGAGUCUGCAAGGAUGAGGAAUGAGGAAGAAGACCACACAGUCCGUGUUGGCCCAGAGCUGGCAUACAGCAUGGCAUACACCCUUAUCCUACCGGGAAUAAAGUGCAUCCAUUGAAGUACACUUUGAUGUGUGUGUCCUGAUGGUUUUUGUAUCCCCACAGACGGUCCAUGCCCAUAACUCCGUGGCUCUGUUGUACCCACCAGCUGCUUGGCAGCCCCACGGGGUGCAGGGUACUGGGGCACCGCUGCCAUGAAGGGCGUGGUUAAGCACAGGGUGCCAAGGACCCACCCGUGUCAGGAGUGUGGGAAAUCCUUCAGCAAGAAGGGGAACCUGAAGAGACACCAGCGGAUCCACGCGGCCGAGGAGCUCUUCACCACCCGGGGCCACCUCAGCGCCCACCAGAGCGUCCACACGGCAGAGAGACCCUUCUGCUGUGGGGAGUGUGGGCGCUGCUUCCAGCUGGAGGUGUGCCUGGCUGCCCACCAGAGGACACACGCCAAGGGGGGCCCCUUCCCCUGCGCCCGCUGCGGGAAGAGCCCGAGCACCAGGAUCUACUUCAGCAUCCACAUGCGCACCCACAGGGAGAGGAGACCGUUCGCCUGCGCGGAGUGCGGGAAGGGCUUUGUGAAGAGGGCCACCCUCGCCACCCACAGGGAGAUCCACAGGAGGGAGAAGCCCUUCAAAUGCCCCGAGUGCGGCAGGUGCUUUGGGCAAAGGGCCACGCUGGUGGCUCACCAGAAGAUCCACCUCCAGGGGGGACCUUUCAUCUGCACGGAGUGCGGGAAGAGCUUGAGCACCAAGAGGUAUUUCGAUGUCCACCAGAGGAAUCACGCUAAGCAGAAGGGGCACGUCAACAGUGUGUCUCUCCGGGUCAUCCAGGUUAAAGAGGAGCCUGAGUUUGCUCUCAGGUCAGAGGAGAGUGUGUUGGAGAAUAUGGCCCGUGAGGGAGAUGUAGCCCAGGGGUGUAGCAUACCUAGAAACCCAUCUAAUCCAAAAACCCUUCCUUGGAAAAUCCAGGUGAAGGAGGAGCCGGAACCACCCACUGAUGACACAGCAAGCACUGCUGCAGUAGCCUGCCAGAAACUUUACAUCAAGGAAGAGCCACCAGAAGACCCAGACUAUGGAAAGCUCUUUCAUCCAAAGAUCCCACUACUGGCUUUACAGGGGAGACAGCCUAAAAAGGAAGAAGAUGCUGAUGGGCAGCAUGAGUGGGAAGUCCCUAUAACCAGUAACCAUGUGCUCCAUGUGAAGGAAGAACCAGAGGAAAGCACUGACUUUGGGAUGCAUUACGGACAGAAACCAAACCUCAGUGCUAUCCAAAGGAUCCAGAUUAAAGAGGAACCUGUUGUGGAGGCCAACCACCAGGAGAGCCAGAGCCCAGAGAGGAAGCAGAAGGAAUGCUGCCAGUCCGCCAAAGAGGGGAUGCUGGAGGACCAGGAGAAAUCCACGUCCAAGAAAGAUCCCUCGGCAAAAGGAGCUCCCAGGGGUGAGCGGGCGUUUCCCUGCCCCGAGUGCGGGAAGAGUUUCAACCAGAAGUCGAACCUGACCAGGCACAGGAAGAUCCACACGAGCGAGGGGCCCUACAAGUGCGGGCAGUGCGGGGAGAGCUUCCGCAUGAGCCGCAAGCUGGCGCGGCACCAGCGCGCCCACCUGAGCGAGCCCUUCAAGUGCCCCGAGUGCGGGAAGAGCUUCACCCAGCGCUCCAACCUGGUGCGGCACCAGAGGAUCCACACCAAGGAGGAGCCCUACCAGUGCCCCGAGUGCGGGAAGACCUUCAACCAGAAGGCCAACCUCUUCCGCCACCAGUCGAUCCACGCCCGCAUGGGGCCUUGCAAGUGCACCAAGUGCGGGAAGUGCUUCCCGCACAGGCGCCUCCUGAUCAAACACCAGCUGCUCCACUCCCGAGGGGGAGCCUACAAGUGUGGGGCCUGCGGGAAGCGCUACCGGCUGAAGAAGUACCUGAGGAGGCACCAGAAAAUCCACGCGCGAGAGGGAAACGCUCCCUGCUCGGAUCUUGGGGAGACCGCAGGGACUGGGCCCCACCAUGCUGAACCGUCCCCCUUGAAGAGCGAAGAGGAGAGCUGAGCAGUGGGAUGCCUGCUCCUGUGGGAAUGUCCUUUGGGAAAGGGAGGAGAUGGAGACAAACUGCUCGCCUUAUGGUUGUGUGUGGGG